AUGCCUACCUUGAGUGCGGAUAUGUACAAGCCUGCUCCGCGGCGUGUAAAAAAGACAAACAUUGUCCGAACCCGAACUGGUUGCAUCACAUGCCGUGAGCGAAGAAAAAAGUGCGAUGAAAAGAAGCCCGCUUGCAGCACAUGCGCAAGACUUGGAAAGCGCUGUGAAAAGUACAAGGCAGGCUUCAACUUUAAGAAUGUGUCCUUUGAUGCAUCGCCAAGUCCUCAGCAGGGAGCUCACAAGAGUAGAGGCCGGUAUGCUCAACAGGAGAAAUGUUCGCUAGAGGCAGUCACCGCGCAAACCCCAUUGUUUCAUGGAUCAUCUCCCAUCAACUCGACGACAGCUUCGAAGCCAAGCACACGGGCGCCUGAGGAGACAGCUUCCUUGACCCCGCUUUCGGAAUCAAUGAUAUCGCUCCCAAUCAGUCCCCUCUCGGACAUGGGGGUUGCUGGCCUCGAGUUUUCCAACACUGUUCUGGGAGAUGGGUUUGCACUUUGGGCUGGGGACGCCGAUUACGGCUCAUUAAAAGAGUUGACUAAUGAGCGUUCACCACGAUUCAGCGCGGAUAUACCUCUAGGGACUCCUCCCGGCACCUCAGAAGCCCCAGGAACUUCUAUCCAAACACAAAAGCCUGUCGGGACGCCGCUACUUGCUGAAGAUGGCUUGCAGAAUCAAGCUCCACUGGACUGCAACGUCUCAGAAUCUUUCGAUUUCCCUACGACAAGCCCUCCCACUACAGAACUCAUGUUGCUGGACAACGAUUUCACAUCCAACGCGAUGCAACCUUAUCAACUACUCAAAAGCCCAAGCUCCACAUUCCAACUCAACGACAACCAGGUGGUAUACAUGGACUUCUGGCUUAAUCAAUGUCUUCCAGCUCUACACCCUAUCUUCAAAGACUUUCCCAUCCUCGGAAAUCUUCCCCUCGUGGUUACUGACACCAUGAUGGCUCUCUCUGCAGGACGUCUCAGCCGAAUGUUACCACAGAGGAAAUCCUCCGACUUUUCAAGCAUUCCAGGCUUCUCGUUCAGACCUGACUCUAGUCAUAAAACGAAGAGUCAGAAGUACUAUUACUCUGCUAUACGCGGGAUAUCUGACUGGGUCAAGAAUGGCAGCGAGUUUCAGACGACUACUACCCUUGCGACCCUAAUCCUCUUCUGCUAUUGGGAAUCGUCAAUGGGCAACUUUCGAGACUUUUCCGUUCACUCGGGUGGAGCUACAAAGCUCAUCGAGGCUCAAGAGAGUACCUUGGUACAACAGGGCUUUGUCGGUUAUGGGCUCAUGGCUGCUUGGGUGCGAGCUCAGAUGAACAACUGGUGGCGACGGAUGCACUUCAGCACGGUGGAUUUUCAACGAAAGCAGGACCCAGUGUCGAUUUCUCCCAACGUUGAACUCAUCUUGGACCUUGUUGGAGACACAAAGGCUUCAGUAUUGGUCAUACUCUGCGAGUCUCUUCGCAUAUACUCCUCCGCGGUUGUCGGCUACUGGGACUUGUUCCGCGAUCCAACCCCUACCAACGAGGAUAGCCAGCCGGGUUCACAAACGCCUACAGCCUCCUCUGCAAGCCGAGAGGGAGAUGCAUGUUUAUAUCCCUACACUCUACUCAUGAAAGCCCAAGCCAGAAAGCUGAACGAUUGGCACACAAAGCUGCCAUUAUCCCAGUUACCCAUCACAUCCUUUCACUCGGCGGGACCGGCCACCUCAGAAGACAGCAGGCUAACUAUCGAGCCGUUAUACUUCCAAUCACAUGAUUCAGCGAUGAAUUACGCAUACUACAUUACAGCACGAAUCAUUCAGAGUGCAGAUUUGUUAAAGGAUCAGAAAUCUACCACCUCGGCACAAGAAAUAGACAGGUGGGCUCUUAUCCUGCUUCAGAUUGCCUCUGGCAUCGAUUGGGAAGAGUGCAUCCGCCUCAAUACGUUCGCAAUCGGCUUCUCCGGCCUCCUGCUAGUUUGCGCUAUGCACACCUCAAACCCAGCAAUUGGCCUCUGGAUCCAAAACUGGUUGGAAGAGCGACAAAGAAACAGUCACCUGGAAGAAGGCAGCUUUCCCGUUUUGCAGAUACUUCAAGUCCUACGCGCGGUCAAUCAUGAGCGAGCCAGGGGCCGAGACCUGUUUGCUGUCUUUCAGACGGUUGAUGAUGGAGGCGGUGAGGGCAAGUUUCACUCAUACCAUAGCCAGACGCUAACGUCUGUUAUGGUGUACGGGAAGGAGAAGAAUACCGAAAAUAUGGUUUCUUAUAGCAUCCCAGUCUAA